AUUUGUAGUAAUAUUAGUUGUACUUUGUUAUUAAAUUGACCUGCUAUCAGUUUUACGAUUAGUUAAAUUUCAAGCUUUUUUUGAAUUAAAAGUUAUAAAAAUUAUUUUAAGAAACACAUACGCGAGUAUGCAAUCGAAUAGUUAUUGUUGAUUUGGUGUGGAAAUUGAAGUGGCGUUUUAUGGCUGCUAGUUUUUUAAGCAAACUGUAGAAGACCCCCGAUAUAAUAAUAAAAAAUAAUGCAUUAUAUAGCGGCAUUAGAUGUGGGAACAACAACAGUACGUUGUUUUGUGCUCAAUGAAAAAUGUGAAAUUAGGGGUUCAGCUGUGGAAGCGGUGGAAUUGUUGAAUCCUAAACCGGGUUAUUUUGAAAUUGAACCAGAAGGUUUAUGGCGGAAAAUCGUUAGAGUUAUAAAAACAGCUGUGCAAAAUGCUCAAAUUUUACCCUCUCAGAUUAGUUGUCUGGGUAUUAGCUCACAACGUUGUACUUUUUUGACUUGGAAUCAUUUGACCCAAGAAUACUUUCAUAAUUUUAUAACGUGGAAAGAUUUGCGUUCCGAUGGCUUGGUUGACAAAUGGAAUAAUAGUUUAACUUUAAAAACCAUUAAUAGCUUGGCCUAUGCUUUGUAUUUAUUAACACGUAGUAAUCGUUUUUUGGCUGGCAGUGUUCUGAAAAUGAUGAAUGGUCAAGUUACUUUACGUUUACUGUACGAGAUACAAAAUAAUCUAAAAUUGAAAGAAGCUUUAAAAACUAAAUCUGCCAGAAUUGAGUUAUUGGAUUCAUGGAUUUUAUAUAAAUUGAGAUCGGGUAAUGGUGAGAAUCCUAAUGUUGAACAUAUCGCGGAUAUAACCUCAUGUACGGCAACUGGUUUAUUUGAUCCCUUUCUGUUGGAUUGGUCACCGAUGAUGAAAUUUGUAUUUGGAAUUGAUACUAGCCUAUUCUCUAGUCAAUAUACUGGUCUAUUCUCUAGUCUAUUUAUAGGUGAUUAUUUAACUAUAAACUUUCAGAGUUCCCUACUGCCAAAAAUUGUUAAUAAUUCGUACAAACAUUUCGGACAUAUCAAUCCCGUCGACUUUGGACCCGAAUGGAAAAAUUGUCAAAUACCCAUAACAUCAUCGAUUAGUGAUCAAGCGGCUGCUAUAUUUGGCUCACAAUGUUACUCAAAAGGUGAUGUUAAAAUCACUAUUGGGACGGGAGCCUUUUUAGAUCUAAUAACAGGCAACAAAUGUCAUGCUUCUUUAAAAGGCAUGUAUCCUUUGGUAGCUUGGCAAUUUGAUGAGACUACAUUUUGUGUUGAGGGAGCUGCCCAUGAUAUGGGCACGGUAAUAGCUUGGGGUCAAAAUUGUGGUCUAUUCGCAGAUCCUGCGGAAACUUCGAGUAUUGCAGAAUCAAUAACCGAUACAAAUGGUGUUUAUUUUGUACCGGCCUUCAGUGGUUUGGGGGCUCCCAUAAAUGAUCAUAAGGCGGCUAGCGGUUUUAUAGGUAUAACACCCUCCACCACAAAAGCUCAUCUAAUUAGAGCUUUAUUGGAAAGUAUUGUAUUUCGUUUAGUGCAAUUAUGUAAAACGGCGGAAGAGGAGGAAACGGGACAAAAGCUUAAGAUUCUAAAGGUAGAUGGUGGUGUCUCACGUAAUAAUUUUGUCUGUCAGUUUUUGGCAGAUGCCAGCGGUAUACAUGUGGAAAGAGCACGCAAUCCAGAAAGCAGUAUACUGGGUGCCACCUAUGCUGCUGGCAUUAAUUUUGGCCUUUGGAAAACUUUCAAUGAUAUAAGUAAAUUUCGUGAUAUAGAACGGGUCUUUGAACCAAAUAGAGAAAAAUAUCACGAAAUAUGUAAGCGUAUGAAUAUUUGGCUAAAAGCUAUUGAACGUUUUGGUCAUUGGUAUUGCUAGUAUAAAGCUUAUGCGUUUAAAUAAUGUAAAUAAUGUUUUUUUAAUUUUAUUUAAUUGCAUUGUUUUAAUUUUUAAAAGAAAAAAAAUUUAUAAAAAA